AUGUCCUUUCUUAGGUUAAGGAGCUUUCACUCUUUUCCUAAUCUCUCUUUUCUUCGUUACUUUCACUCUCACUCUCAGCCCCAUUCAUUUCACAAUGUUGGUGAUGCUGUUUCCUUCUUCAAUCGCUUACUCCAAAUGCAACCUACCCCUUCCAUCAUCGAAUUUAACAAGAUUUUAACUUCCCUUGUUAAGAUCAAGAAGCAUUACUCCACCGCUAUAUCCCUUUCUCGCCAAAUGGAGUUCACUGGAAUCAAGCCAAGCCUUGUUACUAUGAGCAUCUUGAUCAAUUGCUACUGCCACUUAGGUCAAAUCACUUCUGCUUUUUCUGUACUCGCCAACAUUCUCAAGAGGGGUUAUCACCCAAAUACAAUCACCUUGAAUACACUUAUGAAAGGUCUCUGUCUUAGUGGCAAGGUUCGAAGAGCGCUUCGAUUUCAUGACGAUUUGGUGGCACAGGGAUUUCGGUUGGAUCAAGUCAGUUACGGAACCUUGAUCAAUGGGCUAUGUAAAAUAGGGGAAACCAGAGCUGCUUUGGAGUUGCUUAGGCGGAUUCAAGGGCGAGGGAUUAAACCUGAUGUGGUAAUGUACAACACCAUCAUUGAUAGCCUGUGUAAAGAUAAACUUGUAAGUGAUGCUUGCAAUUUAUAUUCUGAAAUGAUUGUCAAGGGAAUAUCUCCUGAUGUUGUCACGUACAAUGCUUUAAUAUAUGGCUUUUGCAUUGUUGGUCAAUUGAAACAAGCAAUUGGGUUGCUAGAUGAAAUGGUAUUGAAAAACAUAGACCCAGAUGUUUAUACUUAUAAUAUAUUGGUCGAUGCUUUAGGUAAGGAAGGGAAGGUGAGAGAAGCUAAGAACAUGUUAGCUGUGAUGAUUAAACAAGGUGUGAAACCUGAUGUUGUUACUUAUAGUUCCUUGAUGGAUGGGUAUUGCCUAGUUAAUGAAGUGAAUAAAGCCCAAGAUGUAUUCAAUGCUAUGGCUCAGAGGGGAGUGACUCCUAAUGUUCAGAGCUACAAUAUCUUAAUCAACGGACUAUGUAAGAUUAAAAUGGUUGAUGAAGCCUUGAAUCUCCUUGCAGAAAUGGAUUACAAAAAGGUUGUUCCUGAUACAGUUACCUACAAUUCUCUUAUUGAUGGUUUAUGCAAAACAGAGAGAGUCUCUCAUGCUUGGGAGCUUCUUGAUGAGAUGCAUGUGAAGGGUCAACCAGCCAAUAUAAUCACCUAUAAUUCUUUAUUGGAUGCUUUAUGCAAGAGCCAUCAUGUUGACAAAGCAAUUGCAUUGAUCAAGAAAAUUAAAGACCAGGGUGUUCAGCCAGAUUUCUGCACAUACAAUAUGCUUAUGGAUGGACUAUGCAAAGCUGGAAGACUUAGGAAUGCGCAAGAGAUUUUUCAGGUUCUUGUGACUAAAGGCUAUCAUAUAGAUGUCCUUACUUAUACUGUUAUGAUCAAUGGGCUUUGUAAAGAAGGCUUGUUUGAUGAAGCGUUGGCCUUACUGUCAAAAAUGGAAAAUGAGGGAUGUAUUCCAAAUGCUAUAACUUUUGAAACAAUUAUUUAUUCACUCUUUGAAAAAGGUGAGAAUGACAAGGCUGAGAAACUUCUUCGUGAAAUGAUUGCUAGAGGUCUACUGGAAAAAAUUUAGAUACACAUGGAAAAGGAUGAUGGACUACACAAUGGGCUCACUUUCUCCAUAGCUAAAAACCAUGUGUUCUUACUUGUUAGGUACAUUUUGAUAUUGUAACAAUAACAAUGAUUGAUUUGUUCAUUAUGAGUAUUGACAUAACUAUCCUUUUGGUAAGAGAAGCUUUGUUGCAGUGGUUUGAGUUGCUUUAGUGUGACUAGGAGGCCACAUAUUCAAUAGAACCAACCAAUCCCAAAUGCAAUGUAAGGAGGCUGCCUAUAUAGACGCACAAAUAACCAUCAUUGUUUUUCCUCAAUGUACUGUCAAUGUACUUCAUCGACUUUAUGAGGUUUUUUUCAGUCAGUGCUCAUUGUUAAUGCUUCUGAUUGAAAACAAAGCUCAAACAGGCAUGAUUAUUUGGAACCAGACAUGAUUAUAGUUGAUUUUAUUCCCCAAAUUAGAUACUAGAAGUUAGAACUUGAUAUUUCUUUUGCAGUAUAUUUCUUGUAUAUAUUUUAUAGAAU